UGUAAUUUUCCGGAAAAUUUAAAGAAAACUGUUAAGAUUUAUUUCAAAACGCUCCGAAAAUCGCUAUUUUCAACAUAUAUUUCAACAAUUCUAAUCGUUUAUGUCUAUGUGAUUACUAAAUUUUCCCAUAAUGUUAAGUUUUUUUUUCAUAAACUUGAGAUAUCAAUAAAUGUCCUCACCUAAAAAUUGAUUUUAAACUGCGAAUUUUGAGAACGCGAAAAAUUAUUGAUAAAAAGCUAUAACUGUAAAAACUCUAUGCUUAAAUAACACGGAUUAUUUAUUGUGUAAUAUUAAAAUAUACUUCAUCAUGGGCGAUAAUAUCGAUGAUAUGGAAAUGCUCACUGCAUUAUACGAUUUUGAAGCUACGCUGGCUAAAACUUUGAGUUUUACAGAAGGUGAAUUCUUUUACCUUCACCAGAGUAAUACGAAACAGAGAAACUGGUGGCAUGUUGUCAAUAAAAAAGGUCAAAUCGGAUUCGUACCGUCGAAUUACGUCGCUGCAGUCAAGGUUGAACCAGACUUCUUUUUGGCGUUUCUUAAUGAUUGCAUCAAAAAUUUAAAUGACAAUGAUACAAUGACUCCACCGAAAUCAGAACUAAUUUCAAGAUUGAAUGAAAAGAAAAAACAAAUACAGACUUUGAUAAAACCACCAAGUAAAAAGCAGGCUGCACCUAAGCCUCCUCCACGACUUGAUGACAGUACACCACCGAAUGGUGUGUCGCCAUGCUUCGACUUAAGGCCGGUUGUAUCUCAGCAGCAGAUUUCGGAAGAAAAACAAUCCUGCUCAUCUCCUAAAUCAAUGAACAGUGAGAUUGCAAAGGAUAAUGAUGAUGAGAAAAAGAUUUUAAAUGUCAAAUUGUCAUCGAAUCAACUGUCCUCUGACACUGAUAAUCAGGAUGACAGCCAGGACAGCAGUGAAAGCAUAAAGCCGAAUGCCAUCUAUGAGAUUGUUCAAUCUGUUCGUAGAGAGACUCAACUCAGCCACGACAUGUCAAAAGUUGCUGUUGAAACUGUUUUGAUUUCAUUAAGAGAAUUUUUGCCUGGAGGUGCAGCUAGAUCAAUCAUUGAUGCCUUGCUUCGAGAGGCAAACAGCAACAUAACAUGUCCUAAAAAUGCAAUUGACGCAGCUCCAGAUGCACUGCGAAUGAUGACUGCAUUGAAUGCAUUGUCCAAGGCAGCUAAUGAUGCUCAGCAGCGAGGCUGGGCUCUACAUGAUGAUGCUCAUGAUAUACAAACACAAUUGCUAGAACUGAUCUCUGUUAUGUCAAAUGCAGAUGUGAAUAUCUCUCAACAUGUAUUAAGCAGCCAUCGUUAUGUCUAUGUUACAACACUCGUCCAGUAUUACCAGAUGGAAACGCGAUGGCCACUACGUCAACUCUUACUUCAGGCAUUUGGUGUGAUGUGCGGUCUAGAACGAACAGCGCUUGCUACAUUAGCGCUGUCAGCGCUUCCCGCUGAAAUAGCGCGUGACAUGCGUGACAACCCGCGCGCUGUCAGCCGUCUCUCGCAUUCCGCCUUGCUGUUGUCUAUGGUACUAUCUAUGGGGGACAAACUACCGAUUACGCACUUCGAACAACUUGGCGCCGAAUUCGCUCAGUUUCUCCUCGAGUUGACAGAAAACCCACCGGAAACAGAUGUUGAUGAACAAAUCCCUGAUUUGUUUCUAACACUUCUUCUCGCAUACAAUUUACAGUUUGAAAACUCAUUUGAGAACUUAUUACUGAACGCGUUGGAGACGAUAGAUAACGCGAAAAUAUUCUGCGAGAAAGUUCUUCUGCUGCUUAACCGUGAAGAGGAUCCAGUGCACAUUUUCGACCACGAACCGGCGCCUGCGCACUCCGUUCUGAAACUGGCCAUAGACCUAUUCAGCCGUAAGAAGACCGCCGAACAUUUCUACACGAACGACGUGAAAGUUGCUAUUGAUAUAAUCGUGAGGCAACUGGCUGAUCUCUCCGCUGGUGAUGUUCGUCGUCAACAAUACCUCAAGAUACUCCAGGGAAUAAUUCGCAACACAGAUUAUGGAUCACACUUACACAGAAGAGACGAUUUGCUUCGUUGUUUUGCGCGCAUUUUCUGCGAGGAAGGCGACUCGAGUCGUGAUGACCAGACACUUGUACGGGCUAUUUCUAAUGAGUUUCCGCAAUAUUUCAAGGCCUAGGGUGUGGAUGGUUGCUGUGCUAUAGAAAGCUAUAACGUUGAGCUUAAAAUACGUUGGAACACCAGGAGCUUCAGCAGGACCUUGUUGGAUAAGUUCAUGGAUACUUAAUUCCUACAAAUCUAAAUCUCCUCAAAAGGACAUAGAUUAACCUACUUUCUGGGCUGGAUUUUACAGUUUUUUUUUUUACUUUUGAAUCCUCAGUAGCUAUGGUUAUGGGCCGGAUAUAGUUGUGGAGAUACCUUAAUUUGUGAAGAUAAUAAAUAAGGAAUACUAGUAUUAUCUAGAAUUAAUAUAUCAAAGUAAAUCUGCAAUUUUGUCCAAUGGAAAAAGAGUUAAACUAUCUUUUCAAAAAACUGGCGGUCAGAUCUACUAGCCACAUAGUAAGCGGUCAUAUCGCCCAUAAAUACUGUAAGUUUAAAUUGUUACUUACACCACUACCUAGUUGAUCUAAGAUAUAUCCUUUGUAUCUGUAAUUCACUGCUCACCAACAAUCCAACGGGACUCAGGAAUAUAAAAGUCGAUUUAAGGGUAGAAAAACUGAUGAAUGAGACAUUUUAUCUAGUAAAAGAAUAUGCCCCUUAUCUAGAAGACUAUAUAGAUGCGUAUGCCCCUCAGACAUUGAGUCAAAUAUUUUACGAAGUUUUGAUGUUGAUGAAUAAAAUAUUUAUCGAAAAUACUCUAAACAAAAAAUAUAGUAUUAUCCCACUACAACCGCUAGAAAUAGUGGGUUCGGUUUUCUGAAAAUGUGUGCUUAGUAUUGUGUGUAUUUAAAAAAAAAGUUUCAAAUAAUUAAUAAGUAGAUCUUAGUGUUCAAUCUGUUUUACACUAUUAUAAAUUGACAGGACUAAAAAUGUUCUCUAAAAUCGAAAUGCAUGUAUGUAGUAUGUAAUAAUUGUUUAAUAAUUUUCUUGUGUAAUCUCUAAUAUUUUUCAUUCUUCCAUCAGAAUAAAAAAAGCCAUUAAAAUCUAUGAUAGAACAAAGGUAACUUGAAAAGAGAUGACUAUAUAAUAAUUGUAAAUUAUUAUUGUAAUAUAGCUAUCUCUUUCUCGUGUAUGUUAUAAAAACGGGAUAGCAAGUAUUUUUCGUCCUGUCAAAUGAACUUAGAAAUUGUGUACGACAAAUUAGUACGAUUGAAAUGUUUUGUCUUUAAUCUUGAAAUUUUAAAGCCUAAUAAAACGAAAAAAAAAUAUAUUUAAAAUUGAUAUUUGUAACGUGUAAUUGGCUGUGUUAGUAUCUAUUUAAGGGUUUGCCUCGUUAUUAUUGUGUCUUAUAAUGAUAUAUUAUGCUCGUAAAUAUAAUGCAUGCAAAUUAUAGAAUAUGGAUCUCAGAUUUGUUCCAAUUGAAUUAAAUCAUAUUGACUUAUACUUGAUCGAUGCAGUUUUAUGAUGUUAAUAGUCAGACUAUUUAAGAUUUGUAUAGUUAUUUCUUUAGAAUAAUAAGUUGCACAAUUCGAAGAAUAUGGUCAAAAAAAUAUUUAUUCGAUCAAUGAUUAAAUAUCCACAUAAUUUAAUUCAUUCUUUAUUAAUAUAUUUCUUAAGACAGUGCUUAAAAAAUGACAGCUUACAUUUUUCUAUAUUUAGUAUAAGAUCGAAAAUAAUGGUAAAAAAAAUACAAUAUGGAUGUUAUUUUCGCUGUUGAUUCAAUAACUGUUUAUCAUUUAUUUGCAUUUAAAAUGUAUUUUCUAUUAAAGAUAUUAUGGUUGUUUUAGAAUAGUGAUGUUGAAAACAAAUGUAUAGUACGUGUUUUAUCAUGUUAGAGUCAGGCCAAAGGAUAGCAAUUGUUAAAUUAAUCUGUUGAUUAUGUAUUGGUAUUUAUAAUACAGAUUAAAAUAACAAAAUACCUUCUAAAGAGAAGAUAUCAUAUUUGUUUUGUUAUUUUUAUUCUUAUCUAAUAUAAAUGUGUCCUUAUAGCUUCCUCUGUAAGGUCUAAAGUCAUAUUUUGUAAUUAUAUUUCGAGACUUUUCAUUUCCAAACAACUAAAUAGUCAAUAGUAUCGUUAUUAUGGCUGAUCGUUUUUUCUCGUUAAUGUAACUUUAUUGAUAAUGUAUAAAAUAUUGUCAAGUAUGUAAUAUGAACAAACUGAUGCAGGAAAUAUGUAUUCUUACCAACCUUUGGCCUGGCUAUCGGUUCUUCAAACGUAUAAUAAUAAUUACAACAAUGGUAAGAGCAGAUCUGGCCGAAGCACAGCUCAUUUAUUGCUUAUUAAUUUUGAAUGUUGCAUACAUUGAAAUCAUAUAUUUAAACUGAACGACUGAUUCUGACACGUGUCCUAAAGCGUACGCGCUAUAUUUAUAUAGUCUAUUUCAAUUGAAAAAGGAAUAAAGAUAAACAAACCUUUGAUUUACGUAUUUAGUG